CGCGAAGCAGUCUGGGAAGUGUAGUCCAGUUGGGCUCGCAGUAGAUUGGUGGUGGGAGCCGAGGUUCCUUCCGGGAAGGGGCUGAGCGGGCUUGGAGAGAGAGGGAGGUUGUGUCUGUAUCUUUUAAUUUUGUAGCCAGAGCACAAGAAGUCUUUGCUAAUGAAUGAUCUCUCUGGUUGAUUGAGACGCUGAAGAGAAUCUUGUGAAUUGCUCAUAGUUGAUUGGAUCUGCUCUCUGGGUAGAUUUCAGUAUGCUGCGACGGAAACCCACGCGCCUGGAGCUCAAGCUUGAUGAUAUUGAAGAGUUUGAGAGCAUUCGAAAGGACCUGGAGACCCGUAAAAAGCAGAAGGAAGACGUGGAUGUCGUAGGAAGCAGUGAUGGAGAAGGAGCCAUGGGGCUCAGCAGUGACCCCAAGAGCCGGGAACAAAUGAUUAAUGAUCGAAUUGGUUACAAACCCCAACCCAAGCCCAAUAGUCGCUCAUCUCAGUUUGGAAGUUUUGAAUUUUAGAGACGGAUUAUCUUGCAUGCCAGAGCCCUGGAGUGGAAUAAAAUAAUGGCAGAAGUACAAACCAGAUUGAGGGAACUGAGUGCUUGCAGGGAAGCGCAAUGUUUACUUCCUGCAGAGAGAAGUGUUUCGGCAGGAGACUGCUGACGCUUCACUUUUGCUCUAAGCUGCAAUGCAAACUCUGGUUUGUCUCUGGAAAGCUGACUAUAAAAAUCAUCUGAACCUUGUUUUUCAAAAUAAAU